AUGAAUUUGUAUGGUGCUACUAUUUUAGACAAAGAUAGAUUAAAAGAGCUUUAAGAAUUAUUAGGGAAAAUAAAAUAGAUGAUAGAUUAAGAAGUAAAUUAACUUAGUAGUGAUCAAUUAGUGGUAAUUAAUGUUUACUAAAGAUAAUAAUUAAUCAAAUAUUUUGUUUUAUCUCCUGUUGAGAAAACAUAUAUUAAUAAAAUAGAGGAUGAAUUAGUAGAAACUGUAAAGAUUAGAAAUGAUAUUUUAUUUUUAAAAUGA